AGAUGAUUUUUAAUGAGCCAUUUUUAAUUUACAUUUUCCUUAUUUUAAUUUAAUCACUAGUUUAUCUAGGUAUACAGGAAAUAAUACACUUACAAAUAAAAAGAUUUCUUUCUUUUUAUUGCUUGCAUCUGAUGCAUUUCAGGGGAACUAUAAAUCGAUUUUCUUGUUGCUCUGGAUGAGGUGGAUACCUUUGGUGCAUGUUGCUGUUGCUUUAUCCGUGAGAUCUGCCUACAUACAGUAUAUUCUUGAUGUCUGAAGAAUAAAUUCCUAUGACUUAAGUCACACUCUGACUUUUCCUCUUGCUCCACGUUGGUCAAAGUUUUCCCUUAUCCAGUGAGAUAUCUGAUAUAAUCAUCUUGUGGUCAGGACUUCAUUUUGUGUUUCCAUUCAUGAUUCCCAGUAGAUGGAUCCCAGAGAUUACAGACUGACUGGCAUUGCCUUUAGAACCAUUGUUUAAUUUUUAGGUAACACGUCUUACCACCUCCUAAGCGAUAUGUCUUUUGGUGCCUUCCAGACUUUAAACUAGCAUCUCUCUAAAGUAGAUUGUUGGUUCAGUCUUCAAUGUCUUGAUACCAGUAAGAUGGAAAGUAUCACAUUUUGUGCACAUAUCGUACAGAAUACAUAAGGAUCCCUGAUUUCCAAUUUAGCGCCGUCAUCAAGUCCAGCUUUUAGUUUACACAAAUAUUAACCUGAAGAACUAAUUACUUUACUCUCAGCCUUGGUUAUUAUUGGCAUUAUUAUUUUGGCAUGUUAUCCUUCUAAACUAAUUUAGUAACAACCGUAAACACUGUACCUGCUACACAGGUACAUUUGAAUGACUGCCCAUUGCGUUAAAGGUCUUGCCUGAAUAAGUCAGUCAGUGCAAGGCAAAUCCCUCUGUAAUGAUAUUAAGCUAAUGCAGCUAUGAACGUGGUCAAUCCUGUGAUGGUAACACCUAGGUUGCAUUAAAGAAACUUUUCCGUCGCUCCAGAUAAAAUAGAAACUCGCAGUUCAGAUGAACAAUUACAGGCUAAAAUAAUUAUUAAACAGCUAGCCAAAUGUAAUAAACACACAUUGACAGUAGUUGUCAAAUUACUCUUACGGACAGAAGGAGGAGACAAAAGUACUAUUGCAAGUUUUGAUUCUAUGAUAGAAUUUAAUGUGAUCAUUGUAAGCAAAUACAGUGCAGUUGCACCUUUUUGACCACAGGGGCAUGAAGGAGCCCUUUCAAAAGUUACUACUGUGGACUAAAUCUUUUUUUGCAAACAAUGAAUCGUACCAAAAACUCAGACGGCAUCCUAACUUGUGCCACUAAUGCAAGGUCAGGUUGACAUUGGAGGUCUGAUGCAGCUGCGUUGCAUCCAUUGCAGUUAGCACCUUGUCGAGUAAACAGAACCUGGCUGUGCAGUUGGUACUCCGAUCUACCCCUGAUCUGCCCCAUUGCAUUAUGAAGUGGGACUAAGGGCAGGGGGCGUUGAACGGGCCCUAUUGUGCUCUGAGGUGAAGGAGUCAUUGGGGUAAGAAGGUUUGGGUUACUGGAAGGAGGUCCACCUUUGUGAAUGGAAGGGAAGGAGGGGAGGGCAGGGCAGAGCCAACUGUUGGGCAUAAGGGGUUGAAUUAGAGUGGCCCACUCCACGGAUUAGGUGACGGCCUAACAGAGCUCAGUAGGUAUCCAGUCCAAGACUUUUUUGUGAAGGUCAGGCUUGAUGGAUUCUCCAGAACGUGUGAUGCUGGAUAGUUUGACCCUGUUCCCACACAAUACCUUCCUGCUGCAUAGAAACCUUCCAUACGGUAUAUGCUCUAGUAAACAACUUGAAACUCGAUGGAACAAUUAUUUUAUCGCAUGUUAUGGAUGUUGGCUGACAUUUCUAAGCACACUGAUGCUUUUGGCUGCUUCAGUUGCUAGGAAAACAGAACUUUUUAAAAUCAGGCAUGCUUUUGUAUUGUCUCCAGGGAGUGGUGGGCCAAUUGGAGUUGAGUUCUUAAAUGCUUCAGCAAUACUGACAUCCCUCAGCAUCUGAAUUGACUGGAGUUGAUGUUGAUCCGUGUUUAGACCCCAGGUUCUUCCAACCAACCCUACUUAGCUAAUGCUCUUGCCUCUGCUUUGGCCAAAAUCCAAGCAGCAGAAGCAGUGUUAGUCAUUCUUGCUGAAGCUACUUCUAUGCGACCAUGGAUGGACUAGACAAAAAUCACAGAUCCAGGGUCACCGAAGUGGAAAAACAUUCAAAGUUGAUUUGGGGCCUUGGUGCUUCAAAUAAACCAAGAAGGCCACCACGUGGAAAGACCAAAGUGUUGGAACGGACAUACUGAGAUCAUGCGAGGUGCUGUAUUCAAGAAGUUGGUUGUUCACAUGAAAAGGUGUGGAACUUGUGUGCAGAAUGUAAACAAGCUUAAGAGAGACUUCCUCUGCUCUUAGUUGCUUUACGAAGUAGUCAUGAUUGCUCAGAAAGAGUCCACCUGCAAGAAUUAUAUAUUCAUAAUUGGUGAUAAAAUUUGAACAUGGAUGCUUCACAUUAAUGAUGCGAAUUAAUUUGGCUUUGAAACUUGGAGUAGUGCCUCCAGCCAUCUCUGCAAACUCCUCCAAAGUCCUAGCUUAUCCAAAAAUCUUAAAAAGGAUAUAGUGCCAGUGGAGCUGAGACAGGCCACACAAAUGUCCUUUUGAGUUUAAAAAUAAAACUCUUUGUACAUAGUUAUAGUGUCUCUUCUGUUUUUCAGGUCACCAGGGUAGCAAGUCCAUUAGCUGAUUAAGUGGGCUAAAGCAAAAUAAUACAUUGCAAUAUGUUGAUUGGAAACUAUUUGCAAAUGUUGCAAACAAAUCUGGAAGAAAAUAUGUUUUCCUCAAUAUGUAACUGAAUUGUAAGAAUGCAGUUAGUUGCAUUGGAGAAUAGGUUUUCACCAAUCAAAGUGGCCAAGGUCUUCAUUAGACAUUAUUUUAAACGUCAGUACAAAAUAAACUGCUGAAUUGUGUAAAAAUUUACUCUGGUACAGAUGUCAUGAAUGCAGAAAUUAUCUAUAGAGACCAAAACAGUUUUCUGUACCCAUCUGUCAACAUAUUUAUUUCUGCUGUAAAACUGGGUAUUUUAACAUGGGGGUUUAUGGAGAACAUCUCACUUUUGGAAUCGGCCUCAAGUGGCCAUUUGAGGAACUGCAGAUUCUGUUGGCUACAUUUUCAGCGCCAAUCAUUGCUGCUCGGAUGACAGAAAUUUUCUUUCAUAUAUAUCUAGUGAGCAACUUUCAUAGAUUUUGUGCAGCUCCUUCUGGAGGUACAGAAGGCUUUUUUCUUACCACUUUGUUUUCAAUACAUAGUAAAACUCCUGAAACCCUCUCAAAAGAUAAGAUAAAAAAAAUGUGUAAAAUUGGCACACAUCCUUUAGCAGAAAAGGUCUGAUUACUUCAGGACUUGACCACCCAAGUAUUUAGAAGAAAAGAGAAGACGUGUUAUCAUUUCCCGUCAUGUUUGCUGUUCCCAAUGAACGAGCGCGCAAGCACACAAAAUCCAGUGUAUCAGCCCAUCUCUGUCGUUCCCGCGUCUCCAUCCUCGACAUUUCCCAAAACCCUAGAUUUGGAAGCUCCCCCAGCCCACUAGGUCAUCUGUAACUGCUGAAUUUUUUUUGUCCGUCUUUGUGCGACAUUCUCUUUCACAGGUUGGUUAAGAGUAUGCGACCAUUUACACAACAAGAUGUGGGAGGUUUAAAAGAAGCCUCCGCAGAGAGUCUCAGUGCUGCUUAAUGGGAGCCUGGGGCCUGCCCUCAGUCUUGGAGCCUUUCACACAUCUUGCUCCCUGCCUCUCCAGUUACUUCCACUGUCCUCCUGCAACAAAGACCCAACUGACUGCCCUCUCCUUCCCAGACCCUAUCAGCAUGGAUCCACCUGAGGUUUCUCCUCAGUAUCUCCCCAGCAUCUAUGGAAAUGAAGUGUCUUGUAUAGCCUUGUAAAUGAGGCUGUUCGUAAUUAAAAAAAAGGGGGUACACAGAGUAUCCAAAGUGAUUCAUGUUAAUUCUGUAACUCUACCUUCCUCGGAGGUUGAAAAGCAAGGUUUCAGACUGUGUGUGUGUUUCUGGUUUUUGUCCAUAAAUGCCCCCAGAGUCAGACUGUACUACUUUGGUGAGUUCGUGUGCCCUGAGCUUUAACUGUACUGAGUGAACUCUGGCAAAGGCUGGACCACAAUUGAGGCCUAAUCCAAAGGUAGCGUCUAGGUCAACCUCAUUUUACACAGGCUGAGGAUUUGUCACACAGAUAAUUUCAACACGAGAAAAAUUCCGUGUCCACUUUUACAGAAAUUGUCUACAGACACUUGCAAAGCUGAUUCCAAUGUCACCAUUCCAAACAAAUAAAAGACACACUGUUUCCAACCAAAUCUUCCACUAAAGACACGUUUUAUCAUCAUUUGGCACUUUGCUGGUAUUAUUGACAGAUCUUGCCCAAAAAGGCUUGCAUUCAUCCCAUGUGAGAGCCUCUCUUUGUACAAAAACAUUCCUCUUCUCCUGCGUUUUAAACAAAUCUCCAGACAGUCAUUCUCUUUUGUUUCACCCUCCAUCCUUUCCACAUCUCUAACCUCCCCUCUCCCAUUCUUACAUAUUGCUCUGUUUCCACUCCCUCUCUUCCUCAGAUUCCUAUGCUGUCCCUCCCCUCAACUUCCCUCUCCUCCCCACCUACCUCCAUUCCCCAAACACUGAUCUCAGAUUAAGUUGAACACUAUCCCAGGUAAAGUUUGCACCUGCUCCUUUAGGCUUCCACAGCUUCUGCAGGAGCCCGUGAAUCUCCUCCACUUUACCCCUCGGAGGACAGUUUAAACGCAGCACAGACCUUCUGGAUUGUUGCUGACAAACCCGUGGAGCUGGAAGUGGAACAAAAAGUCUGUCAGGACAUCCAAGCCGCUCUGCAUAGCCUUCAUCCCCUUCACUCCCUCCAUCAGUACCAUCACUCUGUGGAUGGUCCUCUGCUGGAUGGGACUCUGCUGUGUGGAGAUUGCCAGGUUAGACUAGUGAGGUGCUAGAUGUCCAUCUUCUGAAGGCAGAAUGGUCAGGCCAGGUUGUCCAGUCAUUCUGCUCCAUCUCCUCAGCAUCUUUGCACAGAUAGGAGCUCGUACUCAGGAUAUACUGUAUCCAUAUGGACCUGGCCAUAGGGAUCUCGAAACCCCCAAGAUGGAUGAUGGGAGUUCUCCUGAAGUUGCUUUGCUUAUCCCCUUCAUUUUCUUCAAUAACCCCUACCGUUCCAUCUAUGUCAACAACAAUGGUGUGGUCUCCUUCAACGUGCAGGUUAGCCAGUUCACACCAGAGGCUUUUCCCCUGAGUGACAGCAGAUCAUUCAUUGCUCCACUUUGGGCAGAUGUCCACAACGGCAUCCGCGGAGACGUGUACUACCGAGAGUCCACCGAGCCGCAAAUCCUGGAAAGGGCGACGCAAGAUGUCCGGAAGUACUUCAAAAACAUGCCCCUCUUCACGGCCACCUGGGUCUUUAUUGCAACGUGGCACCAGGUCACCUUCUAUGGAGGAAGCCAGACAACUCCGGUGAACACAUUCCAAAGUGUACUAAUCUCAGAUGGCGUGGCAUUCUUCAGUAUGUUCAACUAUGGAGAAAUCACGUGGAGCACAGGAACGGCCAGCGGUGGAGAUCCUUUAACGGGGCUGGGUGGGACCACAGCUCAGUCAGGUUUUAAUGGUGGAGACAUUGGUCACUUCUUCAACUUGCCGGGGUCACGAUCAAACGACGUUGUGAACAUUGAACAGACAACCAAUGUAAAUGUUCCUGGACGCUGGUUCUUCCGUGUAGACACUGAACUGAUAGAUCCGGCCAAUGGCUGCAGCUACAAUGGGCGUUUCUACAGACGAGGGGAAAUCUUCUGGCUGUCUGACCAAUGCUCACAGCGAUGCCGCUGCCUGGACAUUGAUAACGAAGUGCAGUGUCAGGAGGCUCCAUGUGGGCAGCUGGAGACCUGCGAGCAGCAGGAAGGAGCCUUUUACUGCCAGCCCACCCGCACCAGCACCUGUGUGGUGUUCGGGGACCCUCAUUACCACACCUUUGACGGCUUCCUCUAUCACUUCCAGGGAACCUGCUCCUACCUGCUGGCUCGGCCAUGCUGGGAGGUAGCUGGGCUGCCCUUCUUCAGUGUGGAAGCCAAAAAUGAGAACCGAGGGAUGGCCUCAGUAUCCUGGCUGAGAGACGUCACCGUGGAGGUGUAUGGUCACCGAGUGAUGUUACCCAAAGGCAGUUUAGGAACAGUUCAGGUAGAUGGCUUGGUGAAGACCUUACCGGUCCAACUGAAGCUCGGUGCUGUCAGAGUGUACCAGUCAGGCGUUGCUGUUGCUUUAGAAACAGAUUUUGGACUCUUGGUAACCUAUGACGGCCAACACUAUGCAUCCAUCUCCCUGCCCAGCUCCUACUUCAACAACACUUGUGGCCUUUGCGGUAACUACAAUGACGACCCCGCUGAUGAUCCUGUGCUGCCCGACGGCUCUCUAGCAGAAAGCGUGGUGGAGCUGGGAGGCAGUUGGCGAGCCGAGGACACCGACUGGAGGUGCACAGAUGGCUGUGCUCAGAACUGCAGUGUAUGCGAUCCACUUACAGAAGCUUUCUACUUUCGCUCAGACUACUGUGGGCUCAUCAACAAAACCGAUGGACCUUUUCGGGACUGCAGAGCCGUAGUUGACCCCACAGCGUUUGUGUAUAGCUGUGUGUAUGACAUGUGCAGCAACAGGGAUAACAUCACCACUCUAUGCCAGGCAAUCCAGGCCUAUGCUCUGGCUUGUCAAGCUCUUGGUGUCACAAUACGCCCGUGGAGAUCUCGCACCUUCUGUGCAUUGUCGUGUCCAGAGUUCAGCAGUUACCAGGUGUGCACAAGUGCCUGCCCGGCCUCCUGCUCAGACCUCACAGCUCCUCUGUACUGUGCUCAUCCCUGCACUGAGGGCUGCCAGUGCGACCCCGGUUAUGUCCUCAGCGGCAGUCGCUGUGUGCAGCGCGACGACUGUGGCUGUGAGCAUAAUGGCCUCUACUACCCCCUUAAUCACACUUUCUGGGCCGGCCCCAGCGGCGAAGAAGGCGAAUGCAUCCUCCGCUGCACCUGUGGGCCUGCCGGAGAAGUCUCCUGUUUCAAUGAGUCCUGUAAGGAGGGAGAGGUCUGUGUGGCGGAGGUGGGCUUGCUGGGUUGCUACCCUCGGAGGGAGGGAGUGUGCUCAGUCACCCAGAACUCAGUGACAUCCUCCUUUGAUGGCACCUUCCUGCUUUUCCCGGAUGACAGCUCUUACUACCUGCUGAAGCUGUGUGGCCCGGUGCCAGCUAAUGGCUCGAUGGUGGAGGUGAAGAUUGGCAGGCGGCUGGUGAACAAAGGCCCCACUUGGAAAAGACCUGUGGUGGUUACAGUGGCUAACAUGGAGGCACAGAUGGGAGGGUUAGAUUUUGAUAUAGUAAAGGUGAAUGGUGAACUGGUAGCACUCCCGUAUGUCCAUCCAAUGGAGACAAUGAUGAUCUACAGAGCACCAGGCAACGCUACAGUGGUGGAAUCCCGUGGUUUGAUUCGUGUCCACUACACGCGCCAGGGAUUCCUCAACAUCUCCCUUUCCACCAUCUUCUACAAUGUCACUUGCGGUCUGUGUGGCGUCUUCAACAGCAAUGCCACCGAUGACCUUCGCUUACCCAAUGGACGCCUGGCAGAAUCUACAGAACAGUUCACUGAGGGCUGGCGGUCCAUUGCUGAUGAUCUCACCUGCAACGGGGACUGUGAUGACUUGUAUCGUAUGUGCACAGAUUUACGUCUUUACCAGAGUCCUUGGAUGUGCGGCAACAUCAACGAUCCGGGGAAUAGUUCCUUCCUGGCGUGCCAUGCAGUGGUGAACCCAUCACCGUUCUUCAGGAACUGCUUGUAUAACAUGUGCGUAAAGGAAGGAAACCGCUCGGCCCUGUGUUCUUCACUACAGGCUUAUGCCACUGCCUGUCAGGAUGCUCAAGUAGGCCUCACUUCCUGGAGGAGUGCCACCAACUGCCCUCUUCCCUGCCCAGACAACAGCCACUUUGACGAAUGCACCAGCGCCUGCCCUCUGACCUGUUUCAACCUGGAUGAACCGGAGGAACCUUGUCCGCUGCCGUGUCAGGAGGGCUGCCAGUGCGAAGACGGCUUCGCGCUCCGCGACGGACUGUGUGUGGCUCGCAGCGACUGUGGCUGCACGAGUCAUGGCCACCAGCUGGCCACCAACCAGACUUUCUGGACGGACUGGGAGUGCCAGGAGCGCUGCUACUGCAACGGCUCCGACAACAGUGUAUACUGUCAGCUUGCGCCCUGUCAUCCCGAGGAGUACUGCCAGGAGAGCGACGGCCUGUACUUCUGCCUGCCGCGCACUGAGGCCCUGUGUGUGGCUGCCGGUUAUGGACAUUUCCUGCCGUUUGGUGGUGUACCGUUUGAAAUGCAGAGCUCUUGUACUCUCAGGUUGGCCACCACCAACUGUGGGAGGGACAUCAGGGACUACGCAAGUGGAACUUUUCCUCAGUUUAAACUGGCUGCUCGUAAUGAGGAAAGAGACACAGGCCAAGCGAUUUGGGUGAGGGGCUUCGUACUGGAGGUCUAUGAGUAUGAAAUUGAGGUGUCCCGAAGCUACAAAAACACUGUCACUGUGAAUAAGGAGCGUCUGUACCUUCCUCUGAAGCUCGGCCCAGGAAAGGUCAACAUCUUUACCUUAGGAAUGCAGCUCAUUCUGGAGACAGACUUUGGCCUGAAGGUGGCCUUUGACUGGAGCACUCUCCUCCUGUUGACUUUACCCCGCGACCUCUACAACACCUCCUGCGGCCUCUGCCAGGGCAUGCCCUUAUCCCCACCCACCCUCACCACCACCGACUGGGGCAUGUCCUGGGCAGAGAGGGACACCUUCUGCCAGGUGGGCUGUGGGGACUCGUGCCCACGGUGUGGCCUGGGGGAGAAAAGCGGCCUGAGCGACACCCCUGUAAUGGUGGCCGAUGCCAACAUGAACAUUGGCACCGACAACGGGGCGGAAGUCAACACGGGCAUACGCUUCCACAUUGGAGACGGACUGUACGUGUUUGUGGAGCCCGAGGCGGUGAGGCUGUGUGGGCUGAUUGUGGAUCGAGGAGGUGUGUUUGCUCGUUGUCACAGCAAGGUGGCACCAGCGUUCUUUUACCAAAGCUGCCUGCAGGACACCUGUUUGGACCAGGGAGCUCAGGAUACGAUCUGUAACUGGCUGCAGAUCUACGCCAGCACCUGUCAGACCCAAGGAGUGCCUGUUACCGGCUGGAGGAGUGACUCGCCCUGUGUCCAGAGCUGUCCACCUAACAGCCAUUACUCCAGUUGCAUGUCGGUGUGUCCGCCCCAGUGCGCCCCUGCCCGCGGCCAGAGGGACUGCAGCCAGGACUGUGUGGAGGGCUGCCAGUGUGACCAGGGCUACGUCCUCAACGGAAAGAGCUGCAUCCUGCCGCAGAACUGUGGAUGCUACACUGACGGCAAGUACUACGAGCCCAAACAGCUAUUUUGGAACAGCGACUGUACCAAACGCUGCCAGUGCAUAGGACGUAACCUGAUUCAGUGCGACCCGAGGCGCUGUAAGGCCGAGGAGGAGUGUACUCUGCGGUAUGGAGUCCGAGGCUGCUUCGCUCGACGCUCCCAACACUGCGUGGCGUCGGGUGGAGGCGUCUUCAGGACGUUUGACGGCGCAUCGCUGAGACUGCCGGCCUCCUGCUCCUUUGUCUUAUCCACAAACUGUCACAAACUGCCCGACCUCUCCUUCCAGCUCAUCGCUAACUUCGAUAAAUGGAGCACACCCAACCUCACCACCAUCUCUCAUGUCUACCUUUACAUAAAUGAGGAAAAUAUUCUCAUCUCUGGCAGCACCGUCAAGGUCAAUGGAACGCCAGUAUCAGUGCCGUUUCUAACAGGGCUGAUGACACGUCUGUCCACAUCCGAAGGUUUCAUUGUCAUCGACACGCCGCAGGACAUCCAGGUUCGCUACAACCGCUUUAACACCCUCAGCAUCACAAUGGGCCAGCGUCUGCAGAACAAGGUGUGUGGCCUUUGUGGGAAUUUCAACGGGGACCCCAGUGAUGACUACAUCACCUCCAGGGGCAAACCCGCUGUCAGCGCCCUGGAGCUGGCACAGAGCUGGAAGACCAACGGUAUGCAGAACAGCUGUGACGAGACCCAGUAUGUGGCUUUGGCCCAGUCUUGCGACAACACUGCCAUCCUGGCUCUGCAGGGCGAAGACGCCUGCCAGAAGAUGACCCAGCUGAAGGGUUUCUUCCAGCCCUGUCAUGGCCUGCUGGAUCCCCGGCCUUUCUACCAGUCCUGCUACCUGGACGGCUGCUAUAACCAUCGCAAGGCUCAGGUCUGUGGCUCACUGGCGGCUUACGCAGAGGCCUGCCGGUCAAUGGGAACCCUCACCACCAAGUGGAUCACCCAGGAGAACUGCUCAGAAUGGAUCUACGACCCCUGUGCAGGAGAGAUCUGCACAAACUUCACCUGUGAGCUGGAGAACGGAGGCGACCUGUGUGGCUGUCCUGAGUUACCCACCAGCACCGGAGGUGAUGAUGACAUCAUCCAAGCGGAGGUGACUUGUAAACAUGCUUUGAUGGAGGUUUCUAUCUCCAAGUGUAAACUCUUCCAACUUGGCUUCGAACGAGAAGAUGUCCGGGUCAACGACGAGCGCUGCGCCGGCAUCGAGGGAGAGGACUUCAUCUCCUUCCACAUCAACAACACCAAGGGACACUGUGGCUCCAUCGUACAGUCCAAUGGCACACACAUCAUGUAUAAGAACACUGUGUGGAUAGAAAGUGUGAACAACACCGGCAACGUCAUCACCAGAGACAAAACCAUCAACGUGGAGUUUUCCUGUGCUUACGAGCUGGACCUGAAGAUUUCUCUGGAGACUGUCCUCAAACCCAUGCUCAGUGUGAUAAACCUCACCUUACCGACCCAGGAAGGAAACUUCAUCACUAAGAUGGCUCUGUAUAAAAACUCCUCGUACCGCCACCCAUACAGGGAGGGUGAGGUGGUGCUCAGCACUCGGGACAUCCUCUUUGUGGGCGUCUUUGUGGAAGGAGCCGAUGAAAACCAGCUCAUCCUCAUUGUAAAUAUGUGCUGGGCCACGCCUUCCCGCUACAGCAGCGACCGACUCCGAUAUAUCAUCAUAGAGAGAGGGUGCCCAAACAUUAAGGACAACACCAUUGGCAUGGCAGAGAAUGGCGUUUCGCUCACCUGUCGCUUCCAUGUCACCGUCUUCAAGUUCAUUGGGGAUUAUGAUGAGGUCCACUUGCACUGCGACGUCUCGCUGUGCGACUCUGAAACAAAUGCCUGCAAAGUGAACUGUCCACACAAGAAGAGAAUGUACUCGGAGGACAGUGACCAUAAAGAACACAUCCUGUCUGUGGGACCUAUAAGAAGGAGAGAGUCUGACUGGUGUGAGGACAACAACGGAGGCUGUGAACAAAUCUGCACCAGUAAAGGAACUGGUCCCAUCUGCAGCUGUGUGACUGGGAUGCUGCAACGAGAUGGAAAAAGCUGCCGGACUUUGAGCUCGAGCUGCAGUCUCACUCCUGUGAUUCCUCUGCUGAGCGUCAGCGCUGUGAUCUCCAUGCUUCUGGCUCAGAUUCAUAUCUUCGUCCUCUCCUAACAUCCUGCAAGCUAAAGGAACGCAACAGGCGCCAAAAGAAAAAAUCAAGCACAGAAAAGACUUGAAAAUGCAAAGUAUCGGCAUUGAUUAGCCAGUAGAUCAGAAGUGUUCCAGUCAGAAAAUCGACACAAUUCUCUGCACGUUGACUAAUUUUUGAACCCAGUUUACAGCUGAAGGUAAGUCAGCUUUCUAGACAUGAGGAAGGUCGGCUGCAUUUCACCACUUUGUGAUGUUUUUCACCCCCAGUAUCGACAUUCAUAAGGACAACUCACUGUGUAUUACCACUCAUUUAAAGCCACUAUUUAUAGAAUUUCUUGCGCAAUUGUGACAUUUUCCAAAAGAUCUGGUGGGUUUUAUUAGUAGAAAAUGGCUGUCUUAUUGAUUCCACCAGCAGAUGGUGCCAAACUAAAGGUAAACCACUAAUAUUUAUGGUCAAUUGAACAUUUAAUUAGCAAAAUUAGGGUUGCAUUGUGUGAAUACUGACAUCCAGUAUUAAUUUACACCUUCUGCUCCCAAUGACUUUUCAACUAUGGAUUGAUCAAUAUGGUAAAAUUAGGGCUGGAAUCUUAGAAGAGGUCUUCAGAAUUCAUAGAAAGCUGAUCUGCAUCUUUCUUCAUAAGUAGUUUCAUAAUCAGUUUCUCCACUGAGAGAUGUUUCUGCUUUAAUUAAUUUAAUUUGAUGCUGAAGUUUAAAUGUUUUGUUGUUUUACUGGUAGUUGGGUCAAACAAAGACAUGCUGAGCUUUCGGAAGCUCAUUUUGAAAAAAAUUGUGAUUUUUCAUCGCAUCUGUGUGGAUUCAGUCAUCCGCGUCAUAAUAAUCAGAGGUGCUGCGCUUAAAUAAAUGACAACUGGACUUCUUUUUGGUUUGUGAAGAUGUUUCACCUUCAUCUAAGAGGCUUUAUCAAUUCUACCUGGCUGGUAGGGAGUCACAUUUAUUUAUUUCAGGCCAACUGUGGGUCAGUACUUGGCAAGAAAUUAUCAGCAACCUAGAGUUCACCUGCAUCAAAGCUACCCUAAGAUGUGAGUGGUGAUAAUUCUUCCUGGGGAACGAUGUCAGGACUGCAUUAUAAUGGCUGUUCCAGUUAAACAUGGAUGACUUCCUUCAUUCCUCUUUCAAGCUAUUUGUCUUCUCUGUCCCGGUUGUGGACACUGCUGUCCUCAGAGGAGUGUCAUUUAUCCUUCAGAUUGCUAAGUCUUGUCUUAAGGAGCAGGAUCUCCUGUGUCGUAGUGAUUGUUUAGUCUCUCCUAUAGAUAGGACUGCAUAUACAGCAUUACUCAGCUUGGUGUUUGGGUGUUUUAUCCAGAGGGUGAAUCAGUUUUUGGAGUGUUGCUGGGUCUGAAGUGCACCAGGUUGUUGCAUUUGGACAAAAUCUACAUCUAAAUUUCUUCAACGACUCUGUCAAUACACAGGAUCUUGUUUCGUUCGAUGCUGUGUUGUUUGCGCUUUGCUGACUUAAUGAACAGGUUCUAAGUGUUUUCUUAAAUGCCCUUUUCUUUUACCUCUGCUUUGUUGGCUACAUUCUCAGCCUGGUGCUAUAAGGUUCUGAUAACCUCCGGCUUAUGUAUGUUGUGGAACCCAAACAGCAGCUAUUGGUUUGUGUGAAGGUUUCUGGUAAACAGACUUCCAGGAACCAAAAAGAAGACCAGUUGUCUCCUAUUUAACCACCUGGAAAGGUUUUUUUUUUUGCCAUUUUUUGAGGCUUAACAAACCAAAGAGUUGAUUGAUUCAUUGAGGAAAAGAUUAAUUGAUGAUGAAAAUGAUGAUUAAAUGCAGCAGACCUUUAUAUAUCCUGCAUAAAUGACUUCUGUAGCAUUAAUAUGAAUAUUAAGAAUAUUCACUUCAUCUCUAUGGAAGUCUCAUAGCUCAUUUUAGCUGCUCAUGACCCAAAACUCUUGCUAACUUGACAUGGUAUGAGUUGCAUGAUCAUCCAUGUACUGCUGGAUUCUGAUUGGCCACUGCAUUACACAUAAUGGUCCUUUGAGAAUCUGAUGCUUUAUGAAUGCUCCUUAUCUUUCUUUUGCAGAGGAAAGGCUUGUAUGUAAUGUUUUGACAGUGUGAGAAAGCAGAAAGUGGUGGCGUUACCAUAGGUGACAUUUGCACAUGAUUUUUCUAAAGAAAGUAGCAAAACUAAACAGAUUGCAUUGACACCUCAGAUAUCCAGUUAUAAAUCAAGCUUGAACACCUUCAGAUGUGUGUCAGAUGGUGCAAUGUGUUUUUUUUUUCUCCAGAUAAGAAACCCAGAUACAGAUCGGAUGUUGAUACCGUGUUAAUGCAGGCUCUAACAGUGUGUAAACAUACAACCUCCUUUCUGCCUGUUGCACAUUAGAUCUACUGGCUAACUUUAACUGUGGCAGAGCUGAUAUAUUAACUUCAUAUUUGACCUCCAGCCCAACUACUGUAAGUGCAGCAUUCAUCAUUCUAAACCAACAAAAUCAGUUUAAAAACAGGUGGGUGGAUUGUGUUGAGGGAGAAAACUGUCUGUGAAAGGGGAAAUCAUGAGUGGAGUUAAUGGAUGAAGUAUUUAUGUAUGAGGAGGGCACCUUGAGAAAUGAAUAUUAUAUUUUUAGAUGUCAUACAGUAGCACCCAGGAUAUGUUGUGGCUCUAAACACGCCACUAAAAUACUUCAUUUCACUCAUUUUUAUCCUAAUCAGUUAUGGUCUUGUCAUGUCAUUGCAUGUAUUUCUAACACUCCUUCCUUUAAUACUCUCUCUGAGUGUGCUGACACUCAGUCACUUUCAAUUUGGCACCUUAAGCGUCAUAAAUGUCACCAUGCAUCAUAUGCAAGCCUUCAACAAUCUUACCGAAGCUGGUGAAAUUUUGGUUUAGUUUUACAAUUAGUAACAGUUUUUCAUAGGUAGUCUUGUUUCGCUACCUUCUAUGUACAAAUGUACAGUCCUUGUCAGUUUGGUGGUUUAUGUCGUGACUUUUUUUUAAUAAUCAGUAUCAAGUUUUUGAUGUUUAAAACAUGACCAAAAGAUGUUGUAUUCCUUGAGAGCAGCACCACCCUUCCAUAAAUAAAUGAAGUUCUCAAAGCCA